AUGAUGCCUGCUCCACUGGACUUACAAUCGACCAGCGAAUUCGCAGGCUGAUGAAACACUUUGUCAAUCCUUCUUUUCCUUUGCUUUCCUGCGACCCAGUGAGAAACCUGCCAAACAUCACUGUAGCGCAGUGGUGAUGGACCCUCGUUUUGACACCUUGGUAAUGCAUGCCUUUGAAGAGUCGCCCUGCCUUCGCACGCCCGCCUUUGUGAAAUGCGUUACUUUAACUCGCAAUUCCUACUCGUCUGACUUUUUCAAAGAGCGACAGAUGCUCGAAAUGUUCUUCUGUCAGCGUGCAUGAGCGAUGGCGACCAAACCGCACCAAGUCCGACAGUGGUUAUCUGCACGUUUGCACCUGUUCGCGUGGAAAAUGACAGUUUAUGCCACAGGUGAAUGAAUAUCGGCUCAGUUUCUCUUAACAGCGAGUGUUUUGAAUCUGCUUGGAGCUUGUUGCACAGUGACAAUGGAUCUCAAAGUGGAAACCGAAGAAAUGGACUCAAAUCAACCUCCACCCAUAGAAGUUUUUGCGCACAGCUCGACCCUGCACGGAAUCUCUCACAUCUUCACCUACGAGCGGUUCUGCAUCAAACGCUGCCUGUGGGUUGUGUUUUUCCUGGGCUCCCUGACCUUCUUGCUGUACGUGUGCGUGGACCGGAUCCACUUCUACCUCGAGUACCCGCACGUCACCAAACUGGACGAGGUCACGACCCCGAUCAUGACGUUCCCCGCGGUCACCUUUUGCAACCUGAACGCGUUUCGCUUCAGUCGGGUGACGCGCAAUGACUUGUACCACGCAGGGGAGCUGCUGGCCCUGCUCAACCAGAGGUAUGAGAUCAGGGACAUUCACCUUGUAGAGGAGAGCGUCCUGGAGAGCCUGAAGGUCAAAGCCGACUUUCAUAAUUUCAAGCCGCGACCUUUCAACAUGCGUGAAUUUUACGACCGCACCGGUCACGACAUCAACGAUAUGCUGCUCUCCUGCCACUUUCACGGCACCGAAUGCAGAGCGGAGGACUUCAAAGUGGUCUUCACUCGUUAUGGGAAGUGUUACACGUUUAACGCAGGCGGUGAUGGACGCCCUCCCCUUAUCACCACCAAGGGAGGUAUGGGUAAUGGACUUGAGCUUAUGCUGGACAUUCAGCAGGAUGAAUACCUGCCAGUCUGGGGAGAAACAGAUGAGACAUCAUUUGAAGCUGGGGUCAAAGUUCAGAUCCACAGUCAGGAUGAGCCAUCCUUCAUUGACCAGCUUGGCUUUGGAGUUGCACCCGGGUUCCAGACAUUUGUUUCCUGCCAGGAACAAAGGCUGAUAUAUCUUCCCCCACCCUGGGGAGACUGCAAGGUGACGCCCAUGGAUUCAGACUUCUUUGACAGUUACAGUAUCACAGCCUGUCGCAUUGACUGUGAAACACGCUACCUGGUGGAUAACUGCAACUGUCGCAUGGUGCACAUGCCUGGCGAUGCACCGUACUGCACCCCCGAGCUGUACAAAGAAUGUGCUGACCCAGCUCUUGAUUUCCUGGUGGAGAGAGACAAUGAUUUCUGUGUCUGUGAGACACCAUGCAACAUGACCAGAUACAGCAAAGAGCUGUCUUUUGUCAAAAUCCCCAGCAAGGCCUCUGCUAAAUAUCUUGCAAAGAAAUACAACAAAUCUGAGCAGUAUAUUAAGGAGAAUAUCCUGGUGUUAGACAUCUUUUUUGAGGCUCUCAACUAUGAGACUAUUGAACAAAAGAAGGCUUACGAAGUGGCUGGACUUUUAGGUUCAGUUUAAUGGACUUCCUCUUAUAUAAUGGGUGACAUUGGUGGUCAGAUGGGACUUUUUAUUGGGGCAAGCAUACUCACUAUUCUGGAGCUAUUUGACUACCUUUAUGAGGUGAUAAAGUACAAGCUGUGUCGCUGCUCUGAUAAGAAGCACAAGCACAACAACAACAACGACCAGGGAACAGUCCUGAGCUUAGAUGAUGUUAAGUGUCACGUCAGUAACUUUCACUAGGCCUCUGCAGCCGUGAGGAGAAGGCACUCUGUUGUCUCUGAGCGGUUUCAUGAACUUUGUUCAUUGCAGUUUGCUGGAGCAGACUUCUGCAGCAACAGAGAAAAUGUCUCAACUGUGCCUGGUGAAGGUUUCUGAGCAACGAGGUGAAUAUUAUAAUGUGGCUAAAGUAAAUAGACGCCCACACAGACAGUAGGGUGGCAGAAACCAACAUGUUGUGAUGAACUCAAAAACGUUAGAAUAACUGCAUGGUCAUCUGUAAACAGCUUUUAAAGACAUAGUAACAGAUACAGUAAAUGGGGGCAUGAACUAAACAAAAGUUCAUAUGUGUUCAGUUAAACAGCAUUAGAAAUCCCAGUCGUGCGAUGGUGUUCAUCAUCUGUCAAUUUGAAGGUGUUUUUUGUAAAAUAAUUGAUGUGACAGAUUUAUUUUCACUUUCACUUAUGUCAUCUGGUUUGUUUAGAAAUGUGCAUGUCAGCACUGUGUAAUUUUUUCACCUCUAUCUUUCAACAUAUCGCUUUAUUUUACAGGUCUGCAAAUUCAAAUUUAUUUCCAAAUGAUCCCCUAAGAAGCUGGAAAUAACCAAAUAAUUUGGUAUCAUGGAGAGGUCAAAUAG